CGACAUGUACUUCAAAUUUCUUCAACCAUCACAGACUCCGACUCAACUACUAGCAUCUUUCGUCUGCCUUACUGAAGAUUGCGACUGCUUUUGAAGGCGCCGUCGUUGCGAAUUAUGCGUACCGCGAUUCCAAUUACUUCUCGUCCCUUGGACCUAGUUUACUUCGCCUUUUUUCUGGUUCAUAUACCCGCAACUCUGCUCAUUGACCUGCAAGCCCUGUAUCCUUCUUCGUUGACACCGAAUUUCAUACGCGCUCUCCCGCACUUCUAUGUGCAAAUGUCGAACGACCCGUUGAUUGGAAGCGUCUUGGGCAUGUUGGGAGAUAGCAAGCCUUUCAUUUGGUUCAAGACCUUCCUUGCAGUAGAAGCUCUCUUUCAACUCCCUGUCUUUGUGCUCGGAGCACGGGGCCUAUGGCGAGAUUCGCGAUCCGUCUAUGUGCUUCUCCUCAUCUACGCCGCAUCUACCACUACCACAACUUUACCGUGCCUGUCUGUCUUGCUGACGACACCUACAACCAGUGCGCAGACCAUAACUGACAAAGUAGUCUCUGUAACGACAUUUCAACGCUUCCUGCUGCUAUCGAGCUACAUUCCAUUCUUUGUGAUACCCUUCAUUAUGACGGUCGAUAUGGCUUCCCGGCUAUCAAACCUGAUCACGAUGGGGAUAGACGCCGCUGAUGACAAGAAGUCGUCUUAAUGCCAUCAUGAUGCAGCCCUUUGAAGGUUUCCUUUCAAAACAGAACCUUGUGUAUUCUCUUUCCACUGACUUCGGUCCACCGCUUGGUAAAUUGACGUGUGAAUUUAGAACAAGUGCAGAUUUUAUUUGAACUUGAUACAGUGGUCAUUGAGAGGUCCCCCGGUCAUAUGUCUUUUGCUCGUGAGCGGCCGCUUUCACCUGUCGAAAGUUGGGGAAAGCACUGUUCAAGACAUAAGCAUCGAAUUCGUCGGUUCGAAGUCGUGGUAAGUACCCAUGUCUGGACAAUUGAAUGACCGAAGCCGAGUUGCCGAUGGAGUUGUGUGGCUUAUUGCCUAUACAGUUUAUCGAAUAUUUCUCACGAUCCAUCG